UUCUUUAAACUUUUUUGAUAAGUUUUAUUCACGUGUGUGAAAAUGUUGCAAAAUUCGUUCCCUGAUUUGAAUGUAAAAUCCGAUAUCAAUCCGUUCAUUUUUACUGAAGUAAAAACACCAAUAGGCAAAACACCAUUUCGAGACCGUGUAAAAACUUACCUCUUAGCGGACACAAAACCUUGGGCAAAUUUGUAUCUGCCACAUCCAAAAGGCUACAAAUUUGAGCCAUGUUUUUUGCGGACCCAAUUCAAAGAACUGGCCUAUGAAUUUCGAUCAUUUAAAGUGCGAAAAGAUGACAUCUGGAUUUUGUCAUUUCCAAAGUCAGGCACAACUUGGACCGAAAAUAUUAUUUGGCAAUUGAAGAAUGGAUUCAAUUUUUCGAAGGAGCCGCUUGCUUUGAAUACUGGCUUUCUUCUCGAACCUGACUUGGUGACCGCUGAUAUUGAUGCGGUUCAAAAGACCGAAUUUGAGAAAUUAAACAACGCAAUAUCACCGCGAGUGAUAAAAUCACAUUUGCCACCACAUUUAUUACCGGUGGAAUUAUGGACAGUUCGACCGAAAAUUGUUUACAUCGCACGCAAUCCAAAGGAUGUUGCUAUUUCGUUGUUUCACAUGUUGAACUAG